AUGCGUGAAAAUCAAGAUGACGUGAGCCCGCAAGUAUGGAAAGAGUGGAUCCUGGAGGCAAUCAGACGGAUCCGGUUUCAGAAACAACGACCGAGCAUACAGCGCAUCUGCCAAGCCAUCGGUAGCCAUCACAAGUUUCACGAGGACAUUGUCGCGGAAAAGCUGGAGGAAGCGGUCGAGGCCGGCUCGGUGAUCAAAGUGUACAACAAGGGACUGCACUCGUACAAGGCACCAACGUCGACGCAGCGGCGCCUCGUUAACGUGACGAACGACAGCAAUCUGUCGCGGCUGGUCGCCAAAGCGGUGCGCGAUCUCGGCGAGUUCGAUGGUUCCACGCAAAAGUCCAUCGAAAACUAUGUGCAGCAAACGAACAAUUUGCACAUCUCGCCCGAUACCGACUUCAAGAGUGUGAUCCGAAAUUCGCUCCGCAUCGCGCUCGGCGAGGACACGGUCAUGCAGGAAGGCCGACUGUACAAACCCGGGCCGGUAUUUAAACCGCUAACGAAACGCAAAUCAGCGUCACCGAAAAAGCGCGGCGCCAAGCACUUGAAUCGUUCCGGCGAAGGCAGUGUUUGUGUGGUGUGCGUAGACGCGGAUGGAAACGUUUCCGACGACGACGCAGAACCGCUGACCCAGUGCCGGGGCUGUGGGGCCGGUUUGCACGAUAGCUGUGCAACCAACACCGACGGCAACAGUAAAUGUCCACCGUCGGUCCGGUUGUCGCGAUUGCUCGACAAAGGCAACGUUUGGCACUGCGAGGAAUGCAAGACGUGUGACGCCUGUGACGAGGACGACGACGCGAAGGGCGUCUGUUUGUUGGAUUGUUGGAGCUGUAAGAAAAAUUUUCACCUUUCCUGCCUAGAUCCGUCUCUGCCGGACACUAAGAAGUAUAAAGUUCCAUGGAGAUGUUCCGACUGCUUGAACCAUUCGAAGGACAGCGACAGAAAAUCGGGCAUCAUGCGACCAGUGGCCAGUGAAAAGAAGCGUAAAAGGUUGCUCACGGGGGACACGGAAGCGAAGGGAUGUGCCGAUACCCCGAGUCUAUCAGUACCUUACCGAAAUCCUUAUGACUCGCCGAUCGAGGAUGCGAUAGAGAAACAAACGCUUCCCGAUGGUGUUACGCUGCAAGACGCCGAACUUUACAAGCACGUAAGGGAACAGUCCACGAAGAUCGUGGUAGGCGUAUCGCGAUCGUCGAACAAACAUCCCAGCACCAACAGCCACAGUAGUGCCGAUCGAGGGCGACACUUUUCGCCCGAACGUCCACCCAGUCAUCACCACCACAACCACCAUAACCAACAGCUGGCGCUGGCAGCGAGCAGUGGCAGCAUUCUGCAGCAUUCACCGUCGAAGCUCAUGGCAGCGCAGGAACGUUGCCCGGCGGCGAUCGAGUUUGGAAAGUACGAAAUCGAAACCUGGUACUCGAGUCCGUUUCCCCAGGAGUAUGCUAGACUUCCCAAGCUGUUUUUGUGCGAGUUCUGUCUAAAGUACACGAAAAGCAAGGCCGUUCUGCAGCGACACCAAGACAAGUGCUCGUGGCGCAACCCGCCCGGAACGGAAAUCUACCGGCACGAUGGUGUGUCGGUGUUCGAAGUGGACGGCAACGCCAACAAAAUUUAUUGUCAAAACCUGUGCCUACUGGCGAAACUGUUUCUCGACCACAAAACCCUCUACUACGACGUGGAACCGUUUCUGUUCUACGUGCUCACGCGCUACGAUCGCAAGGGCUACCACUUGGUCGGUUACUUUUCGAAGGAAAAACACUGUCAACAGAAGUACAAUGUGUCAUGCAUCAUGACGAUGCCGCAGUACCAGCGGCAGGGCUACGGUCGGUUCCUGAUCGACUUUAGCUACCUCCUGAGCCGAGAAGAGGGUCAACCGGGCACCCCCGAAAAGCCGCUCUCCGAUUUGGGGCGCGUCUCGUACUACGCGUACUGGAAGUCGACCGUGCUGAACUUCCUGCACGAUCAUCGAUCCCGGACCUGCGGUGGUCGGACACCGUUUUCGCUGCGGCAAAUCUCACAGGAAACUGGCAUGGUCAUCCCGGAUAUCGUGCUCGCGCUUCAGCUGCUGUCGUUUGUCAAGUACCGCAAGAUUGAUCGUGGCGGCGGUUUCAAGGUGUACCAGCCGCUGGUCUGCAUCGACUGGCGGCAGGUGGACAAACAGCACGAGCGGAUGGUGCGGGCAAGAAUGCGACUGCGCAUCGAAUCGGAAUGCCUUCGGUGGACGCCACUGUUUUUCACGUCGGCCGCCUCAUUUUCGGAACAGGAUACCAGUCCAGCGCUGGACGUAAGUGGAGCUUUGGACGGAAGUGUGGUAAAAACCAAAACCGAAACGUGCAGCACUCCAAAGCAAGAGGAAUCGGAUCGUGAAGAUGAUGCAAGUGUCUCCGCUCCGAUGCCCGAGACGAGUGGCGCAGUUAGUGCUUCACAGAAGCAACAGCAGCCAGCACGGGAGAUGGGAAAAAGAAAACGCCGUGAAAAGGGUCUUUCCCCGGUGCCGGAACCGUCUGUACGAACGACGAAAGAAGUCACAGGCAGCGGAGUCGCUCACGCUACGCGUAGCAAAACUCCACUUGAGGAACAUUCCGAUGGCGACGAGUCACCGGUCAUCGGAGCGCGAGGUGCCGCUAAUGUAGGCCGGAAACGAAUUCGGGGCGCGGAACAGGAGCAAUCCUCAAAGCGCGACGCUGGAAACACUUUCGAGAGGCUUCGUAAACGACGUCGGUUAGAUUCGGAAGAGAAUGUGGAAGAGAAAUCCAGCAGCAGUUAUGCGCCGAAGGAUUCCUCACCCGUGCUGGCCCGCACUGGUGGUCUCAGGCGGAAACGGCUAAACCUUCGUUUGUCGGACUCCGAACAGGAAGGUGCGGAACCCAAACCAUUACCCAUGACGCCCGUUAGCAGAAGCAGAACGUCGAACCAGGGGCUGAAGUCGUUGAAAGAUGAGACAACCAGUGGACACAACAACUUGGAUGAUCAUCAGCAGCGCACGGUGGACCACGAGAGGAUGAAGACACGGGAUGCGGAAGCGACACUGGCGAGCGUAAAGCGAGGGUUGGGAAUGCGCAACUCAAAGCGAUUAGCUAGUGCCAGCAGUCCGGCCAAUAGCACCGAACCGGUGGAACCAACGGUGCAACCGGCUGAAGUGGCUUCGAUGGUGGCGGACGAAAAAUUGAAACCUUUUCGAUCAAUCUCGGCGGCGGCGGGAUCGACACGACAAAAGCAUCACAACACAAUCGUUGAAGUAUCGGCUCCGGUCGAUAGUAGUUCCUUAUUGCCUGCGGCUAGCAACGCUUCUGUGUCGCCUGGUAAGAAAGCUUCACUCGCGCCAGUCAUCACACCGCAGGCUACUGGCGGCAACACGAACAACAAAUCUCGCCAUAAACCACCUCCGGCAACUGUCGCAGGGCGCCAUAAAAAGGCAAGACAGGGCAAGAAGCCGAUCGUCAGUAUGGGCGAAGCGAGCGAAAGCUCGUCGGGUGAAGCGGAUGACGAGAUGGAGGAAGAAACGCGACGUCCACCGCUGACGGUCGCGGCUAAAAAGUCCCCGAGCAAUGCCACCGAAACCGCCAGCAAGCUUGGCGUUGUUUCACCCAAGGUUUCACCCCGGUUAGGUGAUCAAUCGUCCAGCCCAGACACUAAGCGGGUAAAGCACGAACCGGAGGAACGAAAUGGAUUGGUGAACCAAACGACCACCCACGGAACUAGCGUCAUAAACGAGUCCCUCGUGAACGGUGUGGAAAUCAACGAAAAGAUUUCGGUGAUAACAGAGUCAAAAAACUGCUUGAACGUUACUAACACCACAGCAGUCCGUAACUUGGCGACCGGUGAGGCCGCACCGAAGCAACCAUUGGAAAGUGGAAGAACAGCACGAAAUGUUGAUGAUUCUGUUUCGGUAGCUCCGCCUGCCGACGAUACCAUCAAAGCUGGCUCGGACGCCGUUGGCGAGCCCGUUCGAGUGGAGGAACCAGUGGGACGAUCGUCGAACAUUCCCGCGGGGACCGACGCAGGUGUGGCACACGGAGGAACAGCGGUUAGCAAUACGGCCAGUGUGUUGAAAAUUAACGAAAACUACGAUAAGCAUCAACACCACCAUCAGGAGGGUCGUCGGCCGAAGGUGAUUGUUGACUUACCACCGUCCACCGCCGUUGGUGAGCCGCCGAGAGCAGAAGAAGCGUCAAAAGUUGAGCCCGCAAUCGAUACGAGGAGCCAACAGCAGCAAGAUGCUGUCGCUAGGGUGUCUGAAGUUUCUGUCGCCACCGGCGGUGCGAACACUUUACAGUCCGACGAUAAACAUUCCUCCAAAAGCAGUAACGGCGAGCAGCAGGGAAUUAUUCAACAAACGCAACACCAACAUCAGUCGUACCACGCGGCGCAACAGCAGUCCUCGACGAUGGCCAGCGGGAUGAAUGUGGCCGUUCAUGAAAUGGCGAUGCAUAAAAAGAAGUUUAUGAAGACCAUGGAAGCGGAUCCACCGUCGACUAAACCAAUGGUGGUGGAUACACUGCAACCUACGCCAACAACGGUUCCUGUUGACCAGUCAGAUCCAACCGAUCUGCUGUCCGUCAUCAAACAGAACGACGAAGUAACGGGCGUUAAGGUGGGUAACAGCAGCGGCCCGACCAUUGCUACGCAACCAUCACAGCAAACACAGGCAGCAGUUGACGGUGCUGCAGCUGUGGCGACGCAAAAUAAAGAGCUUUACGAUGCCCCAGGUGGCUUAGAUGCGAAAAAGGAAAAAUCGACGAAUAGUACAAACACGGUCCACGGCCUCCAACUAGCGGCUUCAAAGGCGGCAAAAAACGAACCAACGAAUGCGCCAGUGGAGAAACAGAUGAAACUGGGCACCCAUCACACCGGUAACGGCGUUCCGCAGUCUACGUCCUCCGCCAUGGCAAUCGUUACAAGUGCGGCAGGUAACUCCAUCGUCAGCGAAGCAAGGAACAGCACCUACGGAGACGUUGUCAGUGGCACUCCGACCAAGCGCGGAAAGGAUAGAUCUGCCGGCAACAGUGCCGCUGCCAGCAGCGCCACCACCAACAGCUGUGCCUUGAGUGCAUCGAUGAGCCUUCCCGAAGAGACCAGCGCACAAGUUGUGGCUAAGCCCGCCAAAGGAUCUUCAUCGGUGAUGGCCGACCAGCAUCAGCAGCAACAGUCCGUUAAACGAUCCAGUUCACAGACGAACGCCGCUACCGCAAAGAGUGACCCAUUGUCGUCGGCCGCUGCGAUGACGUCUUCAUCGGUUGCCUCGAGCAAGCGGCAGGAUAGUGGCCGGAAGGAAGCGAUGAAAAACGUAGCCUCUUCGUACGGGGGCAACGGAGUGGGACCGAUGGCAACGGCAGUCAAUAGUACCAUGAAUCACUGCAAAGUGGCCCCGGAUCAGCAGUACCAUAUGCCCGGUGCCGGCAAAUCGAACAUGCCACAAAUGGACAGUACCGUUGGUGGAUCGUUGGGAGGGACCGGGAAUCCGAGUUCUAUCGUAGGUCCUAACGGCCCGAACAUGGGUCCGAUGGGAGGCAGCAUUGCAGUAAGCAUUGCCGGAGGAGGUGUUGUGACCGGCGGAGGUAUGAUGAUGUCCGGCGCGGGGAUGAUGGGCACCGCCAGUAAGCCGGGCUCGGAGUACAUGAUGAGCAUGAACUCGAAUGCGGCCUGUCGGCCAGAAAAACACACCCCAAAGCAUACGGCCAUGCACGAUCCAAAAACCACCAUCGAUCUGAACAAGGUGACCUCGCAGUUUGCGGGCAUCAAUCAGUUGCCAAGCUAUGCCCCGUCGCAGUACUGGCAGCUUGAUCCGUACUACCAUCAGGGCUACAACCUGUCCCAUCUCGAUACGGGCAAUCAGAAGUCACCGAACAAGUUCCAUCUCGAUCUGGCCACCAGCAUGGCGUACAGCAGUUUCCCUUCCAAUCUGUACUCCACGUUUCAGCACCAAGAACAGCAGUACCAGCAGGUACCACCGGCGCCGGCACCAACCCCAACGCCCUACCAGGCGAAGGAGCGCUCGAACGUGAAGGCAGAUCGGAAGGACCAGGGUUCCGGAUCGACCAACAAGCACGGAAAAUCGUCGAAAUCGUCCUCGGCUGCUGCGGCCACCGGUGACGAUAGCAGCGGUGGUGCCGGGAAGUUCAAGACCAGCAACCAAUCUGCGGAAGUUCAUCAUCUUGCACAUUCCACCCAACAACAGCAGCAACAGCAACAGCAGCAACAACAACAACAGCAACAGCAACAGCAACAGCAGCAACAACAACAACAGCAGCAGCAACAGCAACACGGUCAACUCUGUCCCUCGCCGUACGAUAGUAGUUUGCUGUGCUCGAAGGCCGUGGCUAGUGCGAAUCAGUAUCACCACCUGUCGGGCCAACUAGUGCAGCACCCACAGCAACACCCGCAGCACCAUACGCAACAUCACCAGCAACAGCAUCAGCAUCUUCAGCAUCCCCAGCAACAACAGCAUCAGCAGCAUCCACACCAACACGCCCAGCACCAACAUCCGCAGCACCAGCAGCAGCACCAGCAACAGCAGCAGCAACAGCAGCAUAAGUCGAUUCAGAAAAGCAAAAACGAUUCCACCAACAAGCUGAGCGAUUCCUCGUGUAUGGUGGCGGCCACCAAGCAGCAAGCGGCGACGGCGACCGAGCCACCCUCUUGUCAUGCGGCGGUUCAGCAGCAGCAGCAGCAGCAAACCCUUCAUCUGAUGAAGGCCACGUUCCCGGGAUCGGGUGAACCGGAUCUUCACUCGGACAGUAGCGCCACCGGCAAUCCGGCCGGUGACAUGAAGCAAACGGCCUCGUCGAUCGGCGGUGGCGGUCCUCCGCAGAGCGAUGUACAUUCCAUCGGUGUGUACACACCGGAAUCGACCAGCAACUCGGUGACCAGCCUGCACCAGUACGGUCAGUGCGAUAUUGACGUCAGCCAGCUCGGGCUCGAAUCGCCGGCAAGUAUAUCGAGCGAUAUGACUUCACAGAACUCGGCCGACGCGAUCCGGCCACCGAGUGUAGUCUCGCAGCACGUCGGAUCCUACUCGGACUGUUCCGUGCAUCAGCAGCAGCAGCAGCAACAGCAACAACAUCAACAGCAUCAAACACAGAUGCAUAUGCACACGCACCUCCCGGACAUGCACGCACACCUACCGGAAACGAGUCCUCAGCAUGCGCAACAGCAGCAGCAGAUGACCAUAAUCGCGAACAGCGGUGGCGCAGGUGGUGCUGGUGGCAACAACCGUGGCAAGCAACAUCCGGCCCAUCUGGCGCAGCAACAGAUUCCACAACACACUGCGUCGGGCGGAGGUCGAAAUGCCGCGACGCAGCGUUCCACCACUCCGAAGGUGUCCCGCAACACACCAACCCCAGGCGGUGGUGGGCAGCAGCAGCAGCAGCGGCACCAGAGCCGCACUACGCCACCCGUCGUGAGCAACGUCAUUCAACCGAUCAUCAGCCCAGGUCAUCAUCAGCAGCAUCAGCAGCAGCAACAGCAACAGCAACAGCAGCAGCAACAACAGCAACAACAGCAGCAAGCCGCAAUGCAAGCGGCCAGUAUGAAUCAACAGCAGCAGCAGCAGCAACAGUUGGCCCUCCAGCAACAGAUGCACCAAUCGUACGGUCAGUCGUUGAAUCACCAGGCGCACUCGCAAAACAUGCAUCAAGCGGCCGCCGCUGCCGCUGCGGCUGCCGUCGCAUCCGGUGGAGGAGGCUACCUCGGUCCGCAGCUCGGGCUGCCGGGACAAACCGUGCCACCGUACCCGCAGUCGCCGACCUCCUACGGCAGUGUCAUCCAGCACCGCAUGUCCAACAAUCACACCCCGGCGAGUCUGCACAGUCCGCACCAGCGGUUGGGUGCUUCGCCCGUGUCAUCUUGUGCCGUUUCGUCGGCAAACAACUUCUACGUGCAACAGCAGCAACAGCAGCAGCAACAACAGCAACAACAACAAUCCGGCGCCAGUGUAAGCCAUCCCGGUUCGCACACGCCGAUCCCGCAGGCACCAACACCGGUACCGACGCCCACACCGACGCCGACGCCACAGCACGAACCCCAAUCGUGCCAGGGACCGCCGGGGGCCGGUGGUGGCCAGCUGCAGCAGGGUGGUUCACUAUCCUGCCUGUCGAAGCUCCAGCAACUAACCACCAACGUGGACAUUUGCCAUUCGCCCGUAACUCCACCGCCGUCGGCGCACCAUGCUCCCCACCCGCACGGUCCGGGGGCCGCAGGAUCCGGUGGUGGUGGCGCACCGGGUGGGGCCGGUGCUAACAGCAUGGUGCAGAAUGUGGCCCGCAACAUCGCGACACCACCGAUCCAUUCGGCACAGAUGUCCACCAUCAACUACCACAAGUACUACGCGGGUAACAUGAACGUGCCGACGAUCGCCCAGAAUGCGGCGGCCGCGGCCGCCGUUGCGGGCGCUGCCCGGCGGAACGCUUCGUCGGCCCAGAUCCAGCACAUGGCCAACACGUCCAGCCGCGUAAGCCCGAACGUGGCGAUCAGCACCAACCUAAUGUCGCCGUACGGGUCACUCAACGGGUACCGGAUGACGGCGGCACAAUCGACCGGAACCGGUGGCUACAUCGGCAAUCCGGCCGCCGGCUUCAUCCAGAACCCGGCCCAGCUCGGGCCGGUGCAGAUGAUGAACAUGCAGUCCCAGUACCAGGACCCCAGUGCCAUCCAGCGGGCGCAGCAAAACUCCAUGUAUUCCUCAUAUUCGGCCUACCUGCCAGCCAUGAGACGCUAGGUGACACGCCGCGGUGGCGUAAUUGUAAAGAAAACGCAUGAACAUAGUGUAGUAGAUAGCCAAAAAGGGAAAAGCGAACUCUGCGCCGGAACCGGCCGGAGCUGUCAAAAAGAGGUUUGAGGUUUGAUGAAUCCUUGUUUCAGAAUCAUUUUGUUUUUAAGAGGCAAAGCCGCCCCCCGGGAACAUUACCGGGAUGCAGGGAUCGCGACCCGCCCGUACGGCCACAUUUCCUGUAUGGCACACGUUUGUAGUGUGCCUUUUCUUGUGUAUUACAACGCCAUUGCUCAAACGCAACGAUUUUAAACCGAUCACACACAUGGGGCCAGGGCAGGGCCGAACAGAUGAAGGCAGUGCCAGUCAGUAAUUUGUUCUCAUUAAAAAUUUCUACAUUGCAUUUAGUUUCUACCAAUUGUUUGGGUGUCAGUCCGGCUACACGGAUCGAUUGUGUGGCAGCACCACGUCAGCCGAGUCCACCCAAGAGUCAUUGUUUGGUUGGCGAAGCGAAUCGAAUCCCCUUUUUAAAAUGGUCUUAGUUGUGUAUUGUACAUGUUUAUUCUUUUUUCUUAAUUAUCGUGUAACGCGUGUGUGCGUCGUAGCUAUGUAAGGACGUUUCGGGGAUGAUCGGGGUCCUCCCGACGGAAUGCGCAGUCUAAAGUAAUGUCAAAAGGGAUAAUCAAAAGGCGCGCGCGUCUCUGUGUAAGUAUUUAAGAAGAGCACUCUCAAGUACCGCGCCACCGCUACACCGCUGCUUCGUGGCACCCGUCUUUUGUCCCACUUUGCUCGUUAUCCGUUGAUCACGUUUUAAUUCCUUCGUUUGUUCAGAGUGUAGUGUAACGCAUCGCGAACAUAGUGACAGGGAAUCUUCUG